AUGAAAGAGACUAAAGAAAUCAGCACUCCUAUUGCCACUGCCACAAAGCUUUAUCUAGAUGAAACAGGUCUUGAUAUAGAGCAAAAAUUGUAUAGAGGCAUGAUAGGGUCAUUACUAUACCUCACAACAAGCAGGACUGACAUUGUGUUUAGUAUAGGGCUAUGUGCUAGGUUUCAAGAAAAGCCUAAAGAAUCACAUCUAAAAUCAGUGAAAAGAACCUUCAGAUACUUGAAGGGAAAAAAUGAUUUUGGAUUGUGGUAUCCCAAAGGUAGUAAUUUGAAUUUGGUAGGAUACUCUGAUGCUGAUUAUGCAGGAUAUUUGGUGGACAGGAAAAGCACUACUGGUAUGGCACACUUCCUUGGAUCAUGUUUGAUUACCUGGUCCACGAAGAAGCAAAACUCAGUAGCCUUGUCUACUACUGAAGCUGAAUAUUUUGCUGCAGGUUCAUAUUCUGCUCAAUUGUUAUGGAUUAAGCAACAACUUAUGGAUUUUGGUAUAGAU